CACCGUUCAGUAAUCGUUAACUUUACCUAGAAAUAAAACAGCCUCUCAUAUAUAGGCAUUAUAUUGUGUGUCCAACGACGCUAUCAGUGGGGUGAAUCCGGCACGCAGGGGAAAAUUCUCGGUGUGGCCACUGCGGUUUCGUAUCUGAACCGCGGGAAGUCAAUUUUAGCCGCCAACGAGCCAAAUACAAAAGGACAUAUGCUUACUCCACAUACAACUUACCAGAAGAUAGACAAAAUGGGCAACAUUCUCUCUGCUAGUUUUGCUCCGGAAUGCGACGAGAAGAAGGCCACUUACGACGCCUGCUUCAACUCCUGGUACACCGAAAAGUUCCUUGCCGGUAAAUCCAUCACCAAUGAGUGUGAAGAAUUGUGGCACGAAUACAAGGAGUGCAUCGAUAUUGCCUUGGUCAAGAGAGGGAUGGUUAAGAUGAUGGAGGAAGCUAGAGAGGAAGCUUCUUUUGAGAAUUCUGGGAUUCCGCAGAACCACGACGAAGCCAAAAAAUAGCUUUCAACCUUUUCUCUUGUAUAUACUGUUUAUUUAUGCCAAUUUAAUGCAUCAUAUUUAGAAAUCUCCGAAGUUU